GAGGAGGCGGAGGACGCAGAGGACGAGGGCGACGAGCAGGGCGAGGAGCUCGACGCCACGGCCGCCGCCACGGACGAGGCGGGCGGCGGUGGUGGCGGCGACGACGCGGCGGGCGACUCCGAGCAGCCGGCGGCACCCGCUGCCGCGGCCACAAGAG